AUGCUGGUGCGGUAGCGCCCUCACCAGACAAUGCAAUGUUAUUCAACAUGUUUUCCGAACUACAAAAAAGUAUGGUAGAAACCACACAAUUUUUAAGUGAACUACGCGCUGAACGCGCGUCAAAGACAGUCGAUUCAGAAGAAUCGCAAACGCCAGUCCCAGAGGAGGACACCACGCCAGCUUCAGAGGAAGCAAAUACCGAUACGCCAGCUUCAGAAGAAGUUCAUACGCCAGCUUCAGAGGAAGCUAGUCCAUCUGACCAAAGGGUCGUAAAUGAUGAUACAUUAAGCAUUCUUGGCGGCGAUGAUUUUGACGAUAAUGAGGACCUUUUAGAUGAAAUUGAUGAAUCGUUACGGCCGUCAGACUCUAUAGGCCCACCGAUACAUGAAAAAAUCGCAAAAAUUGUAAACGAUAAGCUAGUUUUCAUCAGAUCUCGGACUAGAGAAACGUAAGGAGAUAUUUGAAAAAUAUAAAACACCUGAAAAUUGUCCAAAGCUUUUUGUACCAAAGGUUAAUGAACCUAUUUGGACGAGCCUCAAAGCUUUUCACCGACAGCGUGACUUACGCACAGCAGUCUUACAAGACUCUAUUGUUCGAGUAUCAAGCGCACUUUCUGUUACUGUUGACGAGCUACUAAAAUGUAGAGAAAACAAGACAUUGCCUGAUUAUCGUACUGUUGCCUCACGUCUUUUUGAUUCAAUUGCGCUUUUGGGCCAUGUUAAUACGGAAUUAUCCUAUAAAAGACGGGAUUCACUACGCCCAUUACUCAGUAACGAAUUAAAGCCUGCUUGUCACCGAUCGAACAAACCCGAGAAAUUUCUUUUUGGUGACGAUCUGAGCAAAUCAGUCAAUGAGGCUAAAUUGCAUGGGAAAUUCUUGCUGCGUGAUUCAUUCCCGCGCCAACGGUUUAUGCCUUAUCCAAACCAAAAAAGGCAACAUUUUUUACCAAAAAGGGGGAGGGGUCAAUUUCCUCCCCAGCAAACAUUCCGUCCGUUCCGAAGCCAACAACAGAAGAGUCAUUUCCGUCAAUAAAUAAUCAGGUAAUUGGUUUUCCGACAUACUUUACCUCAAAAAUCUUGCCAAAUUUAAAAAGACUGAUUGAUCUAUUUUGUGGCGGCCAAAUUAAAUAUUUUAUUUCACAGUGGGAAGCUUUGACUUCUGACAAAAGUAUACUACAGACUGUCAAAGGUGAAGUCAUUGAGUUUAUCGGAGACCCUCCAACAUGUUCUAUUUAUCCAACAAACUCGAUUUCAAAAGAUCAUGAAAUUAAAAUAGACGAAGAGAUUUCUAAACUCUUGGCUAAAAACGUCAUUGUCAAAACUUCCCACGAACCAGGCGAGUUCAUUUCGCCAAUCUUUUCCGUUCCCAAGAAAGAUGAUAAGGUUCGACUUAUCUUAAAUCUCAAAAAAUUUAAUGAACAUGUCAAAUCAUACCAUUUUAAAAUGGAUUCCAUUAACACCGCCUUAUCACUUAUGACAAAGGAAUGUUGGCUCGCAUCCCUCGAUCUCAAGGAUGCGUAUUAUACUGUUGGUAUACAUAAGGACUAUCAAAAGUUCUUAAAAUUCCUUUAUAAAGGAAAACUUUUCAAAUAUACUGUUUAUCCAAAUGGUUUAUCAACAUGUCCACGAAACUUUACAAAACUACUUAAACCAGUCUUAUGUACCUUACGAAAAAAUGGUCAUAUACUUGUAAUAUUUAUUGAUGAUAUUUUGAUCAUAUCCACCUCAUAUGAGGGCUGUAUUACAUCAAUUAUUGAGGCUGUCAAUCUCCUCACUAACUUAGGCUUUGUCCUUCAUGUUGAGAAGUCAAUGUUUUUCCCUCAGCAGAAGAUUGUGUUUUUGGGUUUUGAGCUCAAUUCCGCAACCAUGAAAAUUAAGCUAACUAAUGAGAAAAUCACAAAAAUAAUGUCUCGUAUUUCAUGUAUACUAAAUUCAGACAGGUACACAAUUCGGGAGGUAGCCCAAAUUAUUGGGUUACUUGUUUCCAGUUUCCCAGCCGUUCGAUACGGAGAAUGUCACUAUCGAGCCAUUGAACAAAAUAAGAUUGAGGCAUUAAAAAUAGCAAAGGGAAACUUUGAUACAUAUAUGCAAUUGUCAACUCGUUCAAUUGAAGAACUGAAUUGGUGGUUAGUGAAUUUACCAAAUUCUUAUAACUUGAUCCAUCCCACUCCCGUAGAUGUCAGUGCUAAUUCAGACGCAUCUCUCACGGGUUGGGGAGGUGUGCUGGAUAACUGUUCUACGGGAGGGUCUUGGACUGCAGUCGAAGCACAACAACAUAUAAAUUAUUUGGAAUUGCUCGCUGCGUUUUUCACUUUGAAAAGUUUUAUAAACCACCUACGAAAUAAGCAUGUAAAAAUCAUGAUUGAUAACACAACGGCAGUGUCGGUAAUUAAUAAUAAAGGCACAAAUCACAGUGAGCGAUGCAAUGAGGUGACACAUGAGAUUUGGGCCUUAUGUGAAAAGCAUGGAAUUUGGCUCACCGCCGCAUACAUUCCCGGUAAACUGAAUAUUCUUGCCGAUAAAGAAUCCAGAAACAAAAACCUUGACACUGAAUGGAUGCUUAAUAAAAAAAUAUUUGACUGAAGCUCUAUCCAAACUAUGUUUUUCACCUAAUAUUGAUCUGUUUGCCUCUCGAUUAAACAAACAAUUUGAUACAUACGUAUCCUAUAAACCAGACCCAUAUGCUAAGCAUAUCGAUGCCUUUACUAUUUCCUGGGCAUAUGAAAAAUUUUAUUGUUUCCCUCCUUUCAGUUGCAUCCUGAGAGCACUCAGGAAAAUAAUUCAAGACAAAGCCACGGGCAUUCUUGUGGUCCCCGACUGGCCAACACAGAGCUGGUAUCCCCUCCUACUUCAAUUUCUAGUGAAGCCUCCACAUCGUCUAUUGCCCAAAGCCGACCUCUUAGUCUUACCAUCAGACCGGGACCACAAACAUCCUCUCCACAAGAACUUGAACAUUCUUAUUUGUCAUGUAUCAGGAAUAAACUGCAAAUGAGGGGUUUCGCCACCGAUACAAUUGACAUUAUUCUCAGUUCUUGGCGAGAGGGAACUAAGACGCAAUAUCAGUCAACUGCAAAGAAAUGGUUUGAUUUUUGUCAGAAAAACAACUGUGAUAUCAUUUCACCACCUUUGCCUCAGGCAUUGUCAUUUCUGUCCGACUUAUUCAAAUCUGGUUUGUCGUACAGUUCUAUUAAUACUGCUAGAAGUGUUCUUUCUUCAAUUUUGUCCUGGGAGAGCAAUCCUACUCCCUUCGGCCAACUGCCCAUCGUUAAACGUUUUAUGAAAGGUGUAUAUGAGUCCCGACCGUCUCUGCCAAGGUAUUGCUCCACAUGGAAUGUCAAUACUGUCUUCAAUUAUUUAAGACGUCAGCAAGCACCAUCAUUAUUAUCCAUGAAAGACCUCAGUCAAAGAGUUGCUUUUCUCUUAGCCCUUCUCAGCGGACAGAGAUGCCAAACAAUCGGUAAACUAUCAAUAGACAAUAUGACAAUGGAAGAGACAAAAAUCACUUUUUUAAUAGCAGAUAAAUUAAAACAUUCUAGGCCUGGUGUUCAUCAACAGCCACUAGUUUUUAUGGCGUAUGUCGCUGAUCAAAAAUUGUGUAUCCUAACAUAUUUACAGGAAUAUUUAAAACGAACAUCACCCGUUCGUGGUGACAACAAGCAGCUUCUUAUUAGUUUCGUGAAACCUUACAAACCCAUCUCAACGGAAACAAUCUCGCACUGGAUAAAAAACUUCAUGACAACUGCUGGUGUUGAUACUACACAAUAUAAGAGUCAUAGUACUAGAGCAGCAUCAACAUCUCAUUUAGCAUCCCAACAAUUUGACCUUAAAGAUAUCUUGAAUGCAGCUGGAUGGUCAAAAGAAGAGACUUUCAAACGUUUUUACCAUUUCAAAGAUAACAAUGAAUUUAACUUUGGUAGUGCUAUUAUGAAUACACUAUCCUAAAACAAUUGCAUGGUCUAUUUGUAUAAUCAUUUUAUUAUGUGAUAUUUCCUUAUACUGUACAUUGUGUUUUCUCUUUCUUGCUGUUUAUUCUUCGGAUAUAAUAUUGGUGCAAUGCCAGCUCUAAAUUCUCGUACAACUACGUAACGACUAUAGCUAAUGACGUAAUAGAAUUGGAAAUUAAACGAGACUUACCUGUAAGUCGAAGUUUGAUUGUAAUUCUAUAAGUCAUUAGCGAGGAGUGGAGGAGUUGUAGGCCCACCCGUGAAAUUACACCCAGGCCCGAUUACCUCCUCCACUCCAGGCAUUGUACCAAUAUUAAUGCUCUAAAUACUGGUUAACUCAUGCGCGGUACUGUCUCUCCUACAACUCCUCCACUCCUCGCUAAUGACUUAUAGAAUUACAAUCAAACUUCGACUUACAGGUAAGUCUCGUUUAAUUUCCAAUUAUACAUUUGAUAUAUUUUCCAGCAUGUCAGACAGUAGGUCGGAUUCGGAAAGCACUCAUAGUUCUCAAUGUGACUCAGAAUACAGUUAUAUUCCUGGAUAUAUUAUAGAGGAUGAAUGAAAUGAUACUAGUCACAAAAUCGGAACUCUAGAAGCAGUUGAUAGCGAAAUUUUAGGCGAUUAUAAUGCAUGCCUUUAUGCCGAUGAACCGCUAGCAGGCGAAGAAUGGUACGCACGAUAACUAAAAAAAUCAGCAGAACACAAGCAACAAAACUAGAUGCUACAGCGAAGAUUAGAUGGCCUUGAAGAUAUUAAAUUAUGGGGAGUGUAAACAAAGAUUUAUUUUAACAUUUUAACGUAAAAUAAGUAUAUCUGACUAAUAUAUUUUGCGGGAUACUUUAUAUUUUGCGGGAUGCAGAACUUCCCCACAUUUACAAGAUUCCAUCUCCGGACAGCACCAAGCUUCGUAUGUAUAUUGUAUAUGUAAUAUGUAUUAUCACACAAUCGCUGCAUUUACACUUGCGAAAUAUGAUACAGGUGAGGAAAGUGAUAUGACUGAUGCCGUAUCAAAAAUAUAUCAGCCAGAGAUACUUAUUUUACGUUAAAAUGUUAAAUAAAUCUAUGUUUACACUCACCAUGAUUUAAUAUCUUUAAGGCCGUCUAAUCUUCGUUCUAGCAUCUCGUUUUGUUCCUUGUGUUGCGCAUAGUUUUAGAUGUUGCGCGUAACAUUCUUGGCUUGCUAGCGGCUCCACUGGCAUAAAGGCAAUAUGCAUCAUAAUCGCCUAAAAUUUCGCUAUCAACUGCUUCUAGAGUUCCAAUUUCGUGACUGGUAUCAUUUGAUUCAUCCUGUAUAUAUACCCAGGAAUAUAAUUGUAUUCUGAGUCACAUUGAGAACCAUGAGUGCUGGAAAAUAUAUGUUUUCCCAAUAGCUUUUUAGUACUCCUUCACAUGUGAAUUCGAACUUCCGUCCCUUAAGCUACGUCACACGGCUCUCGCUCCAGACCCUUUUCCGUUUUUUUCUCGGGCGCGACAAUUUUUCGCUAAAAGCCAAUUUUUCAAGGUUUAGAACCUCAUAUCUCGCGAAUGAAAAGAGAAAAACGAAAAAUGUUAAAGAACCUAUUAACUAACUUUUUGUCCUCUACCAAAUAUCAAAAAAAGUUUUUGUGACAUAAGCACUUUAAUAUAAGUAGAGUAAAUGUUGUCAUUUACCGGCAGUGCUGAGUAAAUUAUACUGCCGGAUCUUCUUGAGUAAAGCUGUUGUUUACUCUUUACUCAAAAUUUGAGUACAUACUUCAUGCAUGUACUCAAAAAAGAGUAAAGAUGUGUAUUUACUCAAAAUAUUGAGUUGGUGACAUUUACUCAACCCUUGAGUAAAGUAAAUUUUGUCAUUUACUCAGUGCUGAGUAAAUUAUACUCAUCUUCUUGAGUAAACUGUCGUUUACUCUUACUCAAAAUUUGAGUAAAUUCUUCAUUUACUCAAAAGUGAGUAAAAAUGUGCGUUUACUCAAAAUAUUGAGUUGGUGACAUUUACUCAACGCUUGAGUAAAGUGAAUUUUAUCAUUUACUCAUUGUUGAGUAAAUUAUACUCAUCUUCUCGAGUAAAGCUGUUCUUUACUCUUACUCACGAUUUUGAGUAAAUUCUUCAUUUACUCAAAAUUGAGUAAAAAUGUGUAUUUACUCAAAAUAUUGAGUUGGUGACAUUUACUCAACCCUUGAGUAAAGUACAUUUUGUCAUUUACUCAGUGUUGAGUAAUUUAUACUCUUCUCUUUGAGUAGCAGUUACUCAAAGAAUUUUACUCAAAAUUCGGAGUUGUUGUUUACUCACGUUUAUGAGUAAAGAGUGCAAUAUACUCAAAUUAUUGAGUAAUUGGUGCAAUUACUCAAAAAGUACUUAAUAAUUACGACGUAAUAGCCUUAGUGCUCGUCAGAAAUUAAAUAAUUUCUAGUUGUUAGCUGAAACAAUGAAUUCGUACAGGAUUUUGCACUUCUUCUUCAUUGCGUUUUUGAUGAUAAAUAUAUGUGUUGCAGAGAAAAAAUGUGGGCAGAACAGGCCAUCGUUCUUGAAAUUCCUGAGGUUACCUGAUGCGUGUUCAGCCAAGGUUAUUUUGGCAAAAACCUUGGCAGUUUUUCCCGAAAUAGCCUUGGCUGCACACGCAUAUGGUUCGAAGGUAAGAUUUCAGAUAUCUGCAUGCAGGAUGCUGGGGCUAAUUGACUGCUACAUAAUGCAUUGAAUUGCGGCUGCGGAAUGUUGACCCGAAUCACAAAUCGUGCAACUGGAUAAAUACUACAUUUAAUUGUUCCAAUAGUUUUGCCUUGGAGAAAAACAAUUUCUCAUGUUGGUCCAAAGAUAGAACUAUUGUGAAAAAUAAUAUAUUUCAGGCCAGGUGGACGAAGAAAAGUGCAAUCGCUAGUAUCAGUGUGAGAUAUAUUUAUUUAUUAAGAAAUUCCUAUUGCAAACCAUUAAAUUUCAGUAGUCAUUGAUAUUGGACCACAUCAGGAAUGCUCACACUUUGAAACACCAACCUUACCUUCGAACUGGCACUUCUCGCCAUUUAAUUACUUUAGCGAAAACUGACAGUUCAAAGGAAAGAUUCCAGAUAUUAUAUUUGUACCGAAGUGGACGCAUUCCCAAUAUUUCCUUCAGUGAUGUAUCAUGAAUGGUUUUCCAAUGAAUGGAUCACUCUUGAAGAUUAGCAGCUAUCAUUAAGGUUUACCUUCUGUCUCGACGGAUGAUUAACACGAGAAAGAGGUACGUGAUUUACACGAGAAAGAGGUCCAUGAAAAUAUCAGGCAUAUUUACAUUGCGGUUAUACAUAUAGUUCUUUUUGUUUGUGGAAGCACCACCUAAAUUUAUUACUGGACAGCUUUCGAUCCGUAAUCCCGGAUUUUUAUCAGUGCUAAUAAUAUGUGACUUUUUCGUUGGAUAAUUCCAGCUUUUGACGAAUUUUUUAUCCAGACAAGGACCAAAGCUAUCAUUUUAUCUUAAAAGAACAUCCUUAAAUUAUGAUUGUGCCGCUACUCCGAGUGUGCAUCCACACCGAGUGUUGAUACACCACUCGCAGUAACACCACAAACUUCAUGUAGUCACCUGUGCACAUAACACCAACAAACACACAAUGUAUCCUUAAAUUAGUAAAAUUGCCAAUUUUUUCGUUGCAAUAUGUUGUAAAACGCGGAAAAUACAGCCCUGUAGACCUACAUGUAAAAUUAGCAAAUUUUGCGUUUUUUAGCUAUGUAGUGUAAAUCGGCCUUUUGGAAAUGAAAUUGUCGUAGAAGAUUUCUACAUCUCUGGAAUCAAAAUUUAUUUGCGUAAACAUUCUAGGAAUACUCAGAUGUUUUCGCGACAAUUUUUCGUUGUCCGCACAACGCGUUCCAAGCCAGUGAGAAAAUAAUGACGUAAUUUCUUAAAAGUGGACCGGGGCGAGGGAUAGUUAAUUACGGCGUCAUCACCUCAGUGCUCGUCACUAAUUAAAUCUUUUCUUGUUGUUCGCUGAAACAAUGAAUUCGUACAGCAUUUUGCACCUCCUCUUCAUUGCGUUUUUGACGAAGAAUAGAUGAGCUGCAGAGAAAAAAUGUGGACAGGACGGGCCAUCGUUGUUGAAACUCCUGAGGUUACCUGAUGCGUGUGCAGCCAAGGUUAUUUUGGGAAACACUUGGCAGUUUUUGCCGACAUAGCCUUGACUGCACACGCAUAUGGUUCAAAGGUAUCUGCAUCAUAGAUUAUACAUCAUACCAGAUGUCUCACUCAGCCAAAAUUGUGUCCUCGAUUUUUAUGAGCACGAGUUGGCCGCCAUUUUGGCAGUAAGUGUAAUCCACGCCAUGAAACGUGAGCAAUCACGCAUUUUGGCAGUAAGCGCCAUUUUGGCAGUAAGUGUCGCACGCGUCAUCUGGCGUGAUAGCCUCGCGAAAAUCGCGGACACGAAAAUCAUAGGGAUAGAUACACAGUGAGACAUCUGGUAUAAUUUAUAAUCUAUGUCUGCAUGCAGGAUGCUGGGGCUAAUUGACUGCUAAAUAAUGGAUUGAAUUGCGCCUGCGGAAUGUUGACCCGAAUCACAAAUCGUGCAACUGGAUAAAUACUACAUUUAAAUAAUUUCUUAUGUUACCAGGGGUGGCGCUACAGGGGGGUGUGGGCCCCCCCCCCCCCACUCGUCAGCUAAUCGGCAAAUUGUUGUCUCAGUCGGCAAAACUGGAUUGGCUAAAGAUAACCACUGAAGAAACCAAAAUUGACCUCCUGAAUAAUUGAAUUCAAACCGAAUAUCACGAAUAGCAUGCGUCAAAGAAACCACACAUGCAGCAAUGCAAUUUUUUUACGGUGUAAGGUUUAAAAACUGACGGGUAUUGUGUAUUGUGUAUAUACGUUAGAUGUUUGAAGAUCAAAUUUCGCGAGUCUGGAGUUAAAAUUUGGCUCCAACUUUCGAAUUUUCCGGCUGGAGGUAACGUUCCAGUUAUAUUCCGAUUUCAAUGAUUCGUAAAUGCGUGAUUAAUAGUGCUCCAAGAUGUGGAACAGAUUUUAAGAAAUGCCGAGAUUUUGACUUUUCGAGGGCUGCAAAAUGGACGCCGACAGGAAUUUUGGGUUUUCUGAUUAUGCGUGUCUCAGAAUGAUGCAAAUGCCAUUUCCGGGGUUCAAAUUUAAAAAUUUUCCGUGCCUUCGGCACGAGCCUCCCCCCCCCAAUAUUUCAUAAAGUGUCCGCCACUUGCACACACGGUGGCUUAAAAGGUCUUAAAACUGUUUAUUCUACCGAUAAAUAAAGGGUUUUUUAUUGACUGGGAUUUCAAUAACUCGGACUGGGAUUUCUAAUAAAAAUCCAACUGGGACUGGGAUUUUGCCAAAAUUUCAGGUGGAAAAUUGGAUUGGGACCCCCUCCAUUCAGGACCCUCACUAUAGGCUAAUGACUCGGCAAAAUUACCAAACAACAGUCGGCAAAAGAUCACUCACACCCCCCCCCCCACUCGAAGAGGGUUAGCGCCGCCCCUGUAUGUUACGCUGGCCCAAAGAUAGAACUAUUGUGAAAAAAGUUAUAUUUCAGACCAGGUCGACGAAGAAAAAUGCAGUCGCUGGUAUCAGUGUUAGUAACAUUUUGUGAGUUUCUUCAUACCUGAAAGUUAACAAAUGGAGAAGCUUAUAUGAAGGUUUGUUGACGAUGUUAUUGAACUUUCGAUAAGACAUGUGCUCGCGCGUCCUUAGGAAAAUGUGGAAAGAUUAAAAUGAGAAUGUCUGGGUAAGAUAAUUGUCAGCACGUCUAUGCGCGCGUUCGAUGAUGGAACACAUGAGAUCAGUACUUCAAGACCGACCUAAUGGAGAUACAACAAAAAUUGGUAACUAUGUCCGAUCAUCCUUCCUGUGGUUCAAUAUCAUUGAUAACCAACCGCAAGAAGGACGCUCAGAGCCUCAGACAUUGAACCACAUUACCCCAACAAGAAUGCUUGAACAUUGAACCACAACGGGCGUGUACAUCAAUUAAAGAGUGCUUAGAUAAUAAACAAUAGCAAGAAUGGUCGGAAAUUAAAUCACCGUAAGAAUUCUCCAAUGUUAACCCACAACAAGAAUAGAUCGGAAGAGCAUUGAACCGCCGUAAGAAAUGCUCAGACAUUGAGUCACAGUAAGAAUGGUCGGACAUUCAAACACGGACAUUGAAUCUGUUCAUAAACCACGGCAAGAAUGGUCGGACAUUGAACCACAGCAAUCUUAUCUUUGGAUUGGCAGUUCUUGCCACUUUCUUUGCGAAAACUGACAACCAGUUCAAAGGUAAGAUUUUUAGAACUUCGUCAGCUGGUUUAUGUUAAAAAAUAAGGAUAUACUCAGCGAAAUAGAACUAUAUGAUCUCUGCAAAAGCGACUAUCCAAUUACUGCAAUCUAAGACUGGCGCAUUAUUGGAACUCUCCAAAUUGGCCCUAUGAUACUCACUAAGCUUGGUCGAUCCCAGAGUAAGCCUGUCCACAGUAUACUUCAGAAUAACAAAACUGCAGAUCAUGUCAUCUAGAGUCAAACCGAACUGUAAAUGGGAUAUAAACUAAAGGAGCCAAUUAAUUGUGCUAAAGUUGAUAACGAUCUACUACUCAGUAACGCUUACUGAAUUCAAUCAAUAUAAGGGUUAAUACAUAAGUGGAAAUUGCCCAAGAGGAACUAGAUGGAAAUGUGAACAAAAGCACCAAAUUUUGCUUUAACAAAAGAACUAAAUGAAAAUACCAACAGCAUUUUGGUUGAAAGUCUGGCAGGACUGGGCUUUGACGAGAGAAUAUGAUGUUGACAUUGAGAAGUAUCCAAUUCUGUCAUGCUAAUAAAAAACAAUGAUGAUUACAUGUGUCGCAGAGAAGUUCCUGCAGCCUAAGAUUUGCGCGUUAUCUACUGGAACUCGCCAAACUGGCACUAUAUACUCUAAGCUUGGUCGCCUGCCAAGAAUGUCAUCUCGAGCCAAACCCUUUAGUUUUCGUAGCUGAAAAUUGGAUAUAAUUGUACUGAAUUAGUUGAUAACGCUCAGGAACAUAUAGAAUAGACAGUAUAGAUAAUAAAAAAUAGAUAAUAUAAUAAAAGCAUAUAGAUUUACAUUUGAUUUUUAUAUAUAUUGAUAUUAAGGUGGUUUUUUGUUCAUUUUUGCCAUAUAUAUAUAUAUAUAUAUAUAUAUAUAUAUAUAUAUAUAUAUAUAUAUAUAUAUAUAUAUAUAUAUAUAUAUAUAUAUAUAUAUAUAUAUAUAUAUACACAUACGCACACACCCACAUGUACGGUUUAUAAAACGUUCGAAAUAUAGUGUUAAUUAUGACUACGACGUGUGUAGUCAUUUAAGGGGUUUAAUGAUAAGGUCCGGUAAGGAAGACAAUGAAGGCAGCUGUUGUCAUGAGCUUUGGACCGCUAGUUUUUUCGAUAUAUAGUAUUGUUAAACUACCGUACUACGGUUUUUGAUCGACAUGAAGAGUUUCCUAAGGUUUAUUGUACAGAUCAUAUGGGAAAAUAAGAUCUCUCCAUCACUGUUGAGCGAUGCAUGUGGGCAAACAGUUAUUAUCGGACUUGGCCGACUUGGAAAAGUCUCCCUGUUGAAGCAUGGAGAAUUUCCAGAUGGUCAAAACAUGACCAAACUACACUACUGGUGGCGGACAUGAUCCUCCUAUUGACAUUACCAUGUAUCUGGACAUAUCUAUUAAUCCUGGCCCACAAUUGUCGAAUACGAUCGAAACUAUAAUCACAAACAGAACAGAAUCUACGCCAAGAAAUUGAUUUCGCCAUUAUUCAAAUUUAGUGCAAAUUCCUCUGGCUGCACCGGCUAUUGUUAGCACUGUUACACUUAGAAACAAUUUAAAGGUCCUGAAUUUGUUGACUAUAUUUGUGAUUCGGAAAUCGAUAUUGCCGUUAUUACUGAAAGUUGGCUGAAAUCUGCUGAUGCUGCUGCUAAAAUGGCUGCCACACCAACUGGAUAUCGCCUGUUUAACCACCUCGCCCAGAUAGAAUUGGUGGUGGCACUGGCAUCUUAGCGCAGGACUCACUUGCGGGUAUUUUCAACUCUUUCGAGUAUUCAGAGUAUAUUAUUGUUUCUGGCUUAUCUCGCGUACGCCUUGUUGUAAUCUAUAGGCCUCCUUACUCGUUCAAUCACCCAACUACUGUGAAUAUGUUUAUCACUGAAUUCGCUGACUUUCUGGAAACUGUUGUCAUGACGAUCGAGCCGCUCCUGAUAGCCGGUGAUUUUAAUAUCCAUGUCAACAAGCAGUUGGAUAACGAUUGUGGUAGUUUUCUCGAUCUCCUUUCAUCAAUGGGCUUACAGCAACACAUUAAUUUCCCCACGCAUACUUCUGGUAACACUUUAGAUCUGCUGGUAACUCAAACUUUGGAUUCUGAUAUCAUAAAGGAAAUUCAACCUGAUACCUAUUUUUCUGACCAUUGUUCCAUAUUAUUCUCCAUAAACAUCUCCACACCGCAACUGUGAAGGAAGAAGGUAACUUUUAGGAAAACGAAAGCUAUUAAUAAUACAACUACAUUCGUGGCGGAUCUGUCUGCCACUAAAUUGUGCUAGACAAGCUAGUAGAUUGCUAUAAUACCACACUAGCAGAUUUGUUGGAUCACCAUGCUCCUCUCAAAACCAAGACUGUUACGGUUAGACCUCAACUGCCUUGGUAUUCGGAGGAAGUUGUCUAGCGAAGAGAGAGCGUCGACGAGCUGAAAGGAAAUUGAGGUCUUCUGGGACUGCUGCUGACUCUGAGUCAUUCAAGAGAAAAAAAAUCGUGUAACUCAUUUACUAAGAGUAGCUAAAUCGGCAUUUCUCACUGACUUCAUUGAUCAGAAUGCGGACAAUCAAGGCAAAUUAUUUCGAGCUGUGAAAGACCUUUUGGUUGAGAAGAACACGCUAUGUUUAUCUGACUAUACGGAUACGACGGCACUGGUAAACGAGUUAGGGAUGUAUUUUGUGCAGAAAGUUAUUCGGAUUCGAGAUGAGCUCGAUUUGGGUAUCGCGAUUACGAACGAUGUCCCGGAUUAUAGUGGCACUAUACCUGACCCACCGGCUCCAUCUGUUUUUGAAUCAUUUGCGUUGCUGACUGAGGACGACGUGCGCAUGCUCAUUGCCAACCCUAAAUCCACAUCCUGCUGUCUUGAUCCUGUCCCCACGCCUCUACUAAAACAAUGUAUCGAGUCUCUUAUACCAGUGAUCACUAAAAUAAUUAACACCUCAUUGGAAUCAGGAGUUUUCCCUGAGGACUGGAAAGUGGCCGUAGUCAAACCAUUGUUAAAGAAACUGGGCCUUCACCCGCUCUUUAUGAACUUGCGUCCUGUUAGUAAUUUAGCUUAUAUCGCUAAGCUCAUUGAGCGUGCUGUAUUUAAUCAGAUUUAUGACCACUUGGUUCAGUCAGGUCUUUAUCCUCUGCUGCAAUCAGCUUAUCGUCAGUACCAUAGCACAGAGACAGCGCUACUCAAGGUUGCUAACGAUAUUCUUAUGAAUAUGAACUCGCAACGCGUUACGUUACUUGUCCUUUUGGAUUUAAGCGCUGCGUUCGAAACAGUGGAUCAUGAGAUUUUGUAUUCGGGGAAAGGCUCUAAGAGUGGUUUUCUUCAUAUUUGUCAGGGCGUAGCCAGCGCAUCGGUUUGACAGAGUUACAUCAGACAGCUGUGAUGUGCGCUUCGGGGUCCCACAAGGGAGUUGCCUUGGUCCGCUUCUCUUUGUUAUGUACGCUUCAAAGCUUUUUGAGAUUGUUCAAGCACACCUCCCUGAUAGUGCCCAUGGUUUUGCCGAUGAUACGCAAUUAUACAUGUCAUUCAAUCCUAAUAAUCCCGCACAUCAAACGGAAGCGGUGUCUGCCAUGUAUUAAUGACUUGAGGAAAUGGAUGUAUCAGGACAAGCUAAAGUUAAAUGACGAUAAAACUGAAUUUCUUAUCAUCGGAUCUAGACAACAGAUUUUGAAAGUUAACCCUUGUACGAUUCGCGUUGGCAAUACCGAGAUCAAGCCAGUUUCGGAAGCGCCUAAUCUGGGAUCUUUAAGAUUUUACUUUUAACUUUGAAAGCUCUUAACGACUUAGCGCCAGAUUAUAUUAGGGAACUUAUUAAGAUAAGGAAACGUGAACGUUUCUCGCUCCGUUCCAAUUCGGGUAUUAUCAUCUUACAUCCAGUGGGGAAGAUGUUAAAAUCAUUCGGAGACAGAUCUUUUAGUGUGGCUGCGCCAACACUCUGGAAUGCACUUUCUGUAAGCCUUCGGAGUAUCAGUUCUCUUUCACUUUUUAAAUCCUCUCUGAAAACAUAUCUUUUCAAGCUAGCUUUUAGCCUCCAUGAAAUGUAUAUAUCAUUUAAGAUUAUUAAUAGUUGCAUGUAUAAUAGAGUGUACUGUAAUGCGCUUUUGAUCGUUGUAUGUAAAAAGCGCAAUAUAAAUUAUUAAAUUUUAUUAUUAUAAAUUAUUAUACAAAUUAAAAUAAUUUGUAUAGCAAAAGUAUAGACUAAGACUAAUUUGUUUUUAAAUUAUUUUGGGUUACCAGAGAUUUCAGGCUGUCUUCUUUUUCUUUUGUGCAGAGAAAUAAAUAAUUAGAAAAUAGAUUUACUAAAACAGGAUCGUCCGAUGACAUCGUGUGUUGAAGUAAUUUUUGUUUAGUUUCUUUAUUUAUGUUGAGAUCAAACAUGAAGCGCUGCGUUCGAUACAGUAGAUCAUGAGAUUUUACUGUCACGCUUGUCUUCGAGUUUUGGUAUUCGGGGAAAGGCUCUAGAGUGGUUUUCUUCAUAUUUGUCAGGGCGUAGCCAGCGCAUCGUGUUUGACGGAGUUACAUCAGACAGCUGUGAUGUGCGCUUCCGGGAUCCCACAAGGGAGUUGCCUUGGUCCGCUUCUCGUUGUUAUGUACGCUUCAAAGCUUUUUGAGAUUGUUCAAGCACACCUCCCUGAUAGUGCCCAUGGUUUUGCCGAUGAUACGCAAUUAUACCUGUCAUUCAAUCCUAAUAAUCCCGCUCAUCAAACGGAGAUCAAACAUAUUAAUUUUUGAGAAUGUUGUUUGAGUUGUCUC